AUGUGGAUGCGAGCCUGCCAGGAAGAUAGUUUCGGGAAUGAAAUAUUGCGAAUAAAAAAGGGAAGUCCAUUGAAUAAACAAGACAGACUGACAGCGCUAAGAGGACGAAUUACAGCAACAUCGAACGUAGAAAAGGAUGUACUCAACCCACCCGUGUUAGACGGGAAACACAGAUAUACACGUCUGUAUAUACAACAUAUACAUGAAACAAUGCACCACGGCGGUAUAGAAGCGGUAGUGAAUGAGCUACGGCAGCGGCUGUGGGUUGUAAAAAUAAGACCCACAGUACGGAACGUCAUCAAGGGGUGUCUGGUCUGCCAGAUAAGAAGAAAGAAGCCAGCAAGCCCACCGACCGGUGACCUGCCUGCCGCCCGCCUAGCGCAUCACGCUCGCCCCUUUACCUACACAGGGCUGGACUACUUCGGCCCCAUUGAAACCACAGUCGGACGGCACCGAGAAAAACGGUACGGCGCCCUCUUCACGUGUAUGACAUCACGAGCCAUACACAUUGAAGUGGUGCAUACCCUCGGCACUCAUUCAGCCAUCGCCGCCCUAAGGAGGUUCAUGGCUCGGCGAGGUUGUCCAACGGAAAUAUGGAGCGACAACGCUACGUGUUUCAAGGCAGCUGAAAAGGAACUCAAGGCGGCUAUGGCAGCACUAGAAGAGGAGGCCACCAACCGCAGCAUCGCGUGGAGGUACAUCCCACCCGCUGCUCCCUUCAUGGGCGGGGUAUGGGAACGCAUGGUGCGGUCAGUAAAGGAAGCCCUACGAGUUACGCUGCACGAGCGUUAUCCCACAGACGAGACAUUGGUGACCCUGCUAGCCGAGGUGGAGAAUACAGUCAACUCCCGACCUCUCACUCACGUGUCCGUCACACCGAGCGAUCCGGAGGCAUUAACACCGAACCAUAUCCUGAUCGGCCCCAACUCACACGUGCCUAAUCCCGGAGUGUUCAACAAAGGAGAUAUGAACGCACGACAUCAUUGGCGACGAGCACAAGCGUUAGCAGAUGAGUUCUGGAGGCGCUGGGUGGUGGAAUACCUACCCUUACUUCAACACCGGCGGGAGCCCCGAGGUACCGGUGUUCCCCCCAAGGUUGGCGACACAGUCAUCAUAUGCGACCCCAACCUACCCCGAAAUACAUGGCCACGGGGACGCGUUGUGAAGACCUACCCCGGGAAAGAUAACCCCAACACGGUGCGAGUGGUAGACAUCACAACGAGCAACGGGCGCACCCUGAGAAGACCAACAAAACGAAUCGUCGUGCUACCAGUAGAAUCGCAGGAUAGCGACGGCGGGAGAAAUGUACACGACGGAAUCAAUUAG